UCCCUGCUCACCAUCCCGUGCAGCACCAGCCCGCCCGCCCACCACCACCACCACCUCUGGCGAGAUAUCAACAUAUACACCCCAUACACACAAUGGCCGCCACUUCGCAAAACUACGACUACCUGCGGCGCAAGCAGAGCACAAAGUCGCCCGUCUCAUCUAUGGGCCCUGUCCGCGGCCAUGCCCGUACCCCCAGUGAGCGCAACAGCAAUGGCACCGUCAGUUCAUACGGCACUACCAACACGCGCGACACAGCAAUCACCGAGCCACCCGCAUACUCGAAAAAGCUCGUCGUUGUCGGCGACGGUGGCUGCGGAAAGACGUGCUUGCUCAUCAGCUACAGCUCCGGCAACUUUCCAGAGAAAUACGUGCCCACCGUCUUCGAAAACUACAUCACCCACACGCCCCAUCCGCCCUCGGGCAAGAUGGUCGAGCUGGCCCUAUGGGACACGGCCGGCCAGGAAGAGUACGACCGGUUGCGCCCUCUCUCCUACCCAGAGACAGAUGUCAUUUUCGUCUGCUUCGCAAUUGAUUGCCCAAAUUCGCUAGAAAACGUCAUGGACAAGUGGUACCCCGAGGUUCUCCACUUCUGCCCAACCACACCGCUCAUGUUGCUGGGCCUCAAAUCCGACCUGCGCAAUAAGAAGAACUGCAUCGAGCUCCUCAAGACACAAGGCCUGACGCCUGUCACCUCGGACCAGGGCCGUGCCGUGGCCGAGAAAAUGGGCGCCGUCUACAUGGAGUGCAGCAGUAAAGAACAAGACGGCGUCGAGGAAAUCUUCGACAUGGCCGUCACCAUGGCCGUUGGCGACGAGCACAAAGAGCAACAAGACCGCCGUCUGGGCACCGCAAACUCAACAUCAAGAGGGAACACAACGACACCCCUCCCCGCUGGCGGCGGCAAGAAGAAGAAGCGCAGCGGCUGCACCGUCUUGUAAUCUACAUAUGACGACGCUGGACGAUACGAUCAAUAUGUUUUAAUGACCACACGCUGCCCGCCCUCCCUCACUGUCUUGACAUGUCUCUUCCUUCCAACACAUCAUGGUCGAGUCUCUUCAUGUACAUGGUUGGGGGCGUUUUU